AUGGUUGCACAGAAGUUCAGCGACCCGUCGCGCGCCGACACUGGGCCGGAGGAACAAUCACCCACGGCACCUUUGGAUCGCUUCCUCGACAGCCAGCCUGCGACCUUUUACGAGAACAUCUACCAGUCGGAGGCAACAUGCCUUUGCAUGCUGAGGCUGCUGCCUCCCGUGUGCCGGCAGAUCAUCCUGCACGUUGUUUGGUCGCACCAGACGAUGAGGAGUGCGGAGCUCAAGGCAUUCUGCGGGAUGGACGAACGCCUCCCGCCCGAAGCUGCCGAAGCCAUUAUUCGUCCGGCGUUGGCGCGUCACAUCUUCCACCCGUUGUCGCAGAAGGGAGGCAAGGCGCCCAAGUUCCACUGGCCCCUGCGAGACUCCUUCAAGCAUGGACUCAGAAAUGCACUCACUGGACUGGGAACGUCAAAUUCGUUCGGAGUGCCGUAUGAAGGCGGCGGGUCAGCCCCAAGCCAGGAGGACUUGAUCAGCCACGGAGAAGACUCGUGGGAGGCCAUUCUCAAGUACAUGGUGUCGUCGGGGAAUUCUAGAAGGCGUCCACAGGACGCUGUGUUGGACUUACUCUGCAAUGCCGGGCUUAUGAAGGACUUGCAUCCCACUUCGCGGCGUUCAUACAGCACCCUCGAUAUGACUGCCGAAGGCUUCUCGUUCCUCUUGCAAGACCGCCAGACCCAGCUGUGGCACGUCCUCGUGGCGUACAUCUACGGCAAGCAGCAUCGAGGCGAGAACGCAGCAGACGUAUUAUCUGUCUUCUUCUCGCUGGGCUGUAUGCAACUGGGACAGGGAUACUCCGCGUCCAAGAGCUUUCCUCGCGCGCAGGCCAUCCUUGAAGACCUCGAACAGUACGGGUUCAUCUAUCGCUCGCCAGACGCGCCAGACCAGUUCUUCCCGACACACCUCGCAACUUCGCUGUGCUCAGGCGACCUAUCUGAGUCAAGGUCCGAGAGUGCCGAUGACAAGCGUUUCCUCAUUCUCGAAACUAACUACAAAAUCUAUGCGUACACUUCCAACGAGUUGGAGAUCGAGAUCCUCAACCUCUUCGUCGACAUCAAGAUUCGGUACCCCAACCUGGUCGUUGGCAAACUUGACCGGCAGAACGUCAAGAAUGCCAUGGGAAAAGGCAUCACUGCGUCACAAAUCAUCUCGUACCUCGCGAGUCAUGCGCAUCCCCAAAUGUACAACCACCCUCCACCAUUACUCCACGCGUCCAUCACCGACCAGUUGCAUCUGUGGGAUCGCGAGCGCAACCGUCUCGAUAACAAAGAAUGUAAAGCUCCACUUGUGUAUCCGCUGACGUCGACAGCGGUCAUGUUCGAGUUCUUCUCAAAGGAGCUGUUCGACGAUGCGCAAGAUGAAGCGACGCGCAUGGGCUGUUUGCAACUGGGCCUGCCGAAGGAGAAGCUCCUGUUCGUGGAUCCCGACGCGCGCGAGUCCAUGAAGGACUUUAUCAAGGAGAAGCAGGAGCAGCUCCGCAACGGCUAUUAG